AUGGCUCACGAUCUCAACGCCGAAGCUAUUGAAUCGUGGGAUGUCAACGCCACCUUCUGGGACAAGAGAAUGGGCACCACAGGCAAUAAAUGGUACAACAAGCUAGAGAUUCCUGUCCUCGAGAAGCUUGCCCGUGUUGAUCCUGGAACUCACGCCCUUGAUCUCGCGACCGGCAAUGGGCUAGUUGCGCGAUGGCUGGCGGCACAGGGUGCUCAAGUCAUUGCGACAGAUGUGAGCCCAAAGAUGAUCGAAAUUGCAGAAGGUUAUCAGACAAACACAGAGCGUGGCUCUCCUAGAAUCACCUAUAAGCUCCUGGAUCUGUCGAGCGCCGAUGGUGUCGCGUGGCAAGAUAUCUUGACUGCUGCGGAGAAGGUCGGUGGCUUUGAAAUCGUAACGAUGAAUAUGGCCGCGAUGGAUAUUUCCACGCUGCAGCCAUUAGCGACAAUGCUGCCGAAGCUACUUCGACCUGGAGGAAGAUUCGUGGCCAACACUCUCCACCCCGUCUUUCACACUACCUCCGGCUCGCGUGAAAUCGAGCUCAGGAUUAACGAGGAAAACGGCAUGACAGAGCCUGUAUACACUUUUAGCCUAACCCAUUAUAUGAACAAACCACCAGCACGCGGUGUGGCGAUUGAAGGGCAACCAAAAUUACAGAUUUACUACCAUCGCCCCUUGCAUGAGCUCUUUCGACCCUUCUUUCAGGCUGGCCUCUUCCUGGAUGCUUUGGAAGAACCAACAUUCAGCGCACCCGAUGAGCAGCAGAAGAUGAGGUUAGAUGCGGACGAGAAUUUCCGGGAGAUGCCUCCCAUUAUGGGGUUUAGGAUGCGUCGGCUGAAUUAG